GUAAAAAAAAGAAAAGCUAAUGAAAAGGCAAUGAUAGAUAGUGAUAACACGGAUGAUGAUGAUGAUUCAUCAUUAACAAGAAGUGCCAUCGAAGGGAAGUAUAAACGUAAACGUAAUAUGGGAAGAGGAUAUGAAAGUAGCUAG